AUGGCCCUAGCAAAAUGGUCCUCCUUUGUUGUUCUGGGUCUCCUUUUGAACCCCCGGAUACUUCCUGUCUGGGCGACUCCAGAGUAUGAUCGUUUCUGCUCGGUCCCUGGAGAGAAAGAAGAAGUGAUAGGUUCCGCUACAUUCAUUUUCGAGUGUGAUACGAGUACUUCUGGUGUCACGCUGGUCGCAGGCAGCUUCACCAACGCUGAAAAAUGUGCUCAAAUUUCUACGCAGGAUCCGGAGUGCGAAGGCACUGUCUGGGAUUCAAACACGAACCUCUGCUGGAAGUAUACGGACUCUGACUAUCUGCCUAUCAAGGCUACUGGUGCCAUUUUAAUAAGACCACUAGAGAAGUCAAACAACCCUGAAGCAAGUUCGGGCUGUGAGACAGCAGUCAAGGAGUGUGAGGAAGAGAAGGAACGUCUGGAUGCUGGAACUCGUGAAUGUCUGCAGGAAAAUUCCCAGCUCGACGCUGCAAAGGACGUCUGCGAAAAGGAAAAGGCUGCAGCAAUGACAGAGUGGGAGGUAGAGAGGAAACAAAUCAUUUCCCAAUAUGAAGCUCAGCUUGAAGCCCAGAAAUCCGUUCAUAAAGCGGAAAAAGCGGCGGCAGCGGCUCAAUGCGACGCCUCCAGAAAGAAGCUUGAGGCUGAUUACAAGAAGAUUGAGUCCACACUUAAGAAGGCGAAGGAACAGAGCGACAGUGAGAAGCAAAAGUGCCUCUCAGCAAAACAGACUUGCGAAUCACAAAAGGCAUCUCAAGAAAGUGAGCUUCAAAAGCUCAAGCAGAAUGGUCAGACAAAGUAUCACCCUCGUUUGUGUAAGAACUCUGGCAUCAUCUAA